AUGUGGUGGGCUGCCUACGUAGUAGCUAUAGGCCUCGUCCUAUGUACUGCACAGGAGGCCGACUACGCGACUGUGCGGGUGUCUGGAGGUCUGGUGCGGGGCUACAGGACGACCAGCGUCCGCGGCACGCCCUACUGGAACUUCCAGGGCCUGCCCUACGCUGCGCCUCCAGUGGGGCCCUUGCGAUUUGCGGAGCCGCAGCCGGCUGCCAGCUGGGAUGACGUCAGGAACGCCACGGAGGAAGCGCCACCGUGUCUGCAGGUGGGCGACGCUGGUGACGUUGUCGGCGAUGAAGACUGCCUCUAUCUCAACGUGUACACGCCAGAGUUGAACGCUGAUGUACCAAGAACGGUGAUGGUGUGGAUUCACGGAGGAGGUUUCGUGGGAGGUUCACCUUCCAAAUCAGAGUACGGGCCAGACUUCUUCAUGGAUCGGGACGUGGUCGUCGCCAGUAUCUCCUACCGAUUAGGUACAUUGGGCUUCCUGAGCCUGGAGGACGAGGUGCUGCCGGGUAACCUGGGCCUCAAGGACCAGACGGCGGCGCUACGGUGGCUGCGAGACAACGUCGCAGCCUUCGGCGGCGACCCCGCUGCCAUCACGCUCUUCGGCCACAGCGCGGGCUCCGCUUCGGUUGCUCUGCACGUGCUGUCGCCACUGUCCGCCGGGCUGUUCUCACGCGCCAUCGCGCAAAGCGGCCCGCCCGUGGGAUCGGUGACCUUGACGACCGGCGCCCGCGACAAGGCAUUCCGCCUUGCCAGGCUCCUCGGUUACCAGGGAAACGACUCCCAGCAGUUCCUCGAUCUGCUCCGUGCUGCCGACGCGAAAGACUUGGUCGACGUGGAUGAUCGCAUUCUUACAGAACAGGUACUGCAGCGACUCGAGAUCCCCCAUCAUUGUUACCAUGUGCACGAUAUGGAGAAGAUGCGCUACAUCCAGUUCGCGUUCGUGCCCAUUGUGGAGCCGGCGCUGGCGGGUGCCUUCCUGCCGGAACCCCCGCAGACGCUGGCCAGGGAGGGCCGCUUCAACCAGGUGCCCUUCAUCACCGGCGUCACCACGGCCGACGGCAACAUGCUGCUGCCCAUGCUGGAAGACCCACAAUGGCUGGAAACGCUCAACACAAACCUGUCGGCCGUCCUCAGCGGUGACUUCCGGGACGUGGACACACCUGAGGAGCAGCAGGACCUCGCCGCCAAGGUCAAGGACUUCUACUUUGGAGCCGGCAAUAACAUCACAGACACACCUGAGGGUCUCCUCAAUGCGUCUAUGAUGUUCACGGACAUCAAAUUCGCCGAGCCGACGGAUUCCAUACUGCAUCUCAUGGCCAACGCAUCGUCACAGACUUUUUACUACUAUCAAUUUGCCUACAGAGGUCCAAAUACGCCCUUGCCGCAGUAUCCAGGAGUGGCUCACGGAGCAGAAGUGCAGCUGGAGUUCAUGAGAGAAAACAGUACUGCUGAUCUGGACCCAGACUCUGAAGACGGUCGCGUCAGAGACAGAUGGGUUAACAUGCUGACGGAUUUCGCGAAGUACGGGGACCCAAUGGCCAACACGUCAGGCGUGUGGCAGCCCUUCACGCGCACAUCGAGUUAUUACCUGAUAGUCAACACGACGGAUUCCUUGGGCCAGAACAAGGACGAGCAGCGGAUGCAGUUCUGGCGGCAAAACAUGCCACUCUGA